CAAGCAUAGUUAUUAAAAAUCUACUAUGUAUUUAUAAAAAUCUGUACUUAAAGCACGCUUAAAGCAUAAACGUUUGGCAACAGAGGGAACGUUUAACCUACAUUUCUGACGGUUAUUGCGAUUUUUUAUGGGUUUUCAGUGGCGUAGUUUCGAAUCUGUUUGUUUUUGCUGGACGUUUUUUUCGUUGCUUUACCUAAAAAAGCAAAUUUUCUCACAUUUUGGAAUAGUUCGAACUCAAGUUUGUGUCUGAAGUAUCUGGUGAAAUAGUUGUCAAAACAAGAUAAAGUGUUAUAAUGAGAUAAAACAUGAUUUACUCGGACGGCCUGUGUAUAAACAACGAAAGUUAACUUCCAUUUAAGGAUAUAGCCAGUGAUUCUUUUCGUUUUCUGUUUGUAAAUUAAUUAUAUAAGAAUAAAACUAGUAAUUUCUCAUUGCAUGUCAUUUAUUUUGUUAUUGCUCUAGGAUUAUUAGACUAGUUUGUACUCCUAAAGUUAAUCGUAUUUCUGAUACAAUGGGUGGUAGAAUAUCAACACAAAAUAUCGUUGACAAUGUGACAAACUUCGUAACGGGAAGAAAAAGGAAACAUUCUGAAUCAGAGGAUGAAGAGGUCAAUAAAGUGAUUGAAAUUGCAUUACAUACUCCUAAAAGGAAGAAGUUAUUAUGUACUGCAAAGUACAUAUACCAAGCACUAUUUUUGGAAGGAAAAAACUCAGACAUUACAAUCUGUGCUCUAGGUAAAGAACAUCAUUUGCAUAGAGUCUAUCUCUGCCAGAGUCCAUAUUUUGCCAGUAUGUUCUUGGGAUCGUGGCUAGAGACAACUCAGAAAUAUAUCACAAUUGAUAUAGUUGAUCCACUCAUUACUCAGGAUUCUUUACAGGUGGUGUUCGGAUCUUUAUAUAAUUCAGACAUAGCCCUAAAUCCAUUGGAAAUAGUACCUAUAUUAGCUACAGCCACAAUGUUUCAACUGGAUGGGCUAAUCGAACAGUGUACUGAAGUAAUGAUGGAGACAAUCAACCCUAAGACUUCACUUGACUACUAUAACGCAGCCUGCCAAUAUGGUGAUCGUAAGCUUCAAGAAGCUUGUUUUCGAUGGUUUUUAAUUAAUUUAAUGCCACACUACUUCAAUCAUUCCCACGCCGAACUCAAGACAAUCCCCAUAUCUUUAAUGACUAAGUUAGUAAGCCAUCCAGACUUGUUUGUAAUCCAGACGGAAUAUUCCAUAUAUGUUAUGCUGAAAUACUGGAUGUACCUCAUACAUCACAUGGAUGAAAAUGAACCCAGUAUUUCCAGUGUCAAUGAGUAUUUUUGUUCGCGAACUGAUAAGACUCCGUAUUUGUACUCAAUCGAUGGCAGAUGUUUUAUCCCAGUUUUUCAAGGUCUAAGAUUACAAAAUCUUAUCUCACAUCAGCUUGAUGUCUUGUUAAUCAUGAGGGACAAUAUAAUCCCAAAGUCUUGGUUAAACCCCGUUGUUCUACAGCAGUGGAAAACUGUAUUGAGGGUCAAUCAAAAUGAUGACAAAGGUCCAAACGAUCUAGCCGACGAAAUUUUCUUGAAAGACAGUUUGAGAUGUGGGAGGGUGAUAAACACGAAAGAUCGUCAUAUAUGGAGGUGGACAGGUUUUCAUUUUGGCAUGGAUUUGCUCAUGAUCACUGAUGGAUCCAGCCUGUCCAUUAAGAGGAACCACAGAUCUGAAUUCGAGCAGUUGUUGAGCUUCCAAACCACCCGACAUGUGGCCAUCAGGGUUACUGUGGUAAGGCUGAACGAACAGAAGCAAAUAAUCUACACCAAACAAUCAAAGAUACAGAAGGUAAGUCUUUCAAAGGGUGAGGAAAUCCAAAUUAUGUCCUUUGAUAAGGAUUUGGUAUACCCUAUUAUAAUAUCAGCGAAUAUUAUGUACACAUCACCAGAUACUGAACAGAAUCAGAGUGAUAAUUCGUCAUCACAAACGGGAGAGGGUGGGGGCACGAUUGAUUGAUCACUAGAGAAUGUUUUUGGUUAAAAUUUUUUUUUUAGUUUUAAUUUUUUUUCUGAAAAAAAAAUAAUUUUUCGGUGUAUUUCUUCUAAAGCUGUUUAGUAAGAGAUAGUGUUUGAAAUACCGUAAUAUCGAGAAAUUUAAAAAAAUGAUGUCACGGUAGACUUUGAAAUUACAAUUAAUUACGAUUAAAAUUAUUUCUGUCACUUGUUAUAAAUUGACGUAAAAAUUUCCAAAAAUUAUUAAUUAAUAUGGAGCUAUUUUCAAAAAAUAGUUUUUACUCAACGGAUUUGAGUGUGAAUGAUUGGCGUGAGUGACAUUUCGAAGACUAACAUGACGCCGUUUUUUUUUCUCGAUAAAAUAUAAUCAAAUGUAACAUAUCUUUUUCUCAAGUUUUUUUCUAUAAAUAAAUUAAGGUAAAUGUUAAGUACCAUUUUUUUUUCAAAAAAAAUUUAUUGGAGUUUUUUUCUUACGUAAUUUCAAAAAUUUGAAACAUUUCAGAAAAUAAUUGUUAAUUUCUUGAACUCUUUUAUCGCUAAUACAAAGUUGUUUAUGAAAUAAGAUAAAUAUAUACUUAUAAGACAACUUUGUAUAUUUUUUUUUCUUUAGGAUUAUUAUUAGAAUUAAAGAUAUGUAUUUAAAUUUAUUUUUAAUUUUUUUUCUGUUUUUAUCAAACUAAAUCUAGGUAUAAUAGGAGACAAAUAAAGAGAAAAAAAACAUAAACAUUAGAAAACUACCUAUAGUAUGUCCAAAAGGAGUAUCCGUGACAGUGACAGUUGAACUGUCAUUUUUUUCAAUGUCAUCUGUCGAAAUCUUUCCCGACUUGUUAACCAAACUUAAAAUGUUUAUAGUUUUUUGUUGUAUAUUUAUUUCCUAUUAUACUAUAUAGAUUACCUACUCAAUUUUUAUAGGAAAAUAUCUAAAAAAAUGUUCAUAUUUUUUGAAAUAUAUAACUAUUCUACUGAUUUUUUCAUCCAACUAAUUUUUUUUUAAAUAAACCAAGUUAAAAUAGCGAGAAAAUAGCUUUAAUAAGUUUGAAAAAUCGUUUCUUUUUGUAUACUUUUACUUCAUUAAAUUUAAUUUAAAAAUAAAAUCACAUAAGCUCUCAAAAUAUGUUUAUAAUUUUUUAGGAACUUUUAUAUAUCAAUUAAUUAUUUAUUUUUAUUUUAUACAGCUCUUUAUUGUGGCAUGUUAUAACUUAAAAACGUUAGCAAAAACGUUCUCUACAUCUGUAAUAAUCAUUUACCCAAGCAAACAGCAUUACAUAAACACAGAUUUCUGUUUAUGUCACUUACAGUUCUAGUCAGAUUGUACAGCUUGUAUUACCUAAGUUUGUAUUGUAUUGAUGUUACAAAAUGAUAAUACACAUCUUUAUUUCUCACAUAUAUACAUAAUAAUGUAUAAAUAGGUAUAAUUUUAGCUGUAGGUUGAUCUUUUUGGGGUUGAAAAAUUUAGUUUUCUUUUUAAAGAGGUUUUUAGUGCCAUUUUUUGUUUGGCAGGGGAAUAACACUUAAAUUUAAGUAUAAAAUUAUCGUUUUUUUUACUAUAUGUAAUAAAAAACACCCUGUAUUUAUAAAUACAGAUAAAUUUUGUUAGUAUUAUCUGUAAAUUAGUAUUUUUUUGGAUUCCCAAAGGAAAGAAAAAGUUUUGACAAAGCACACGUUACCAUAUUAGUUAUAUUGCUAUGGUGUGUUAUUUUUUUAUGACUCCUGUAUAAGUACUUGAUACGAAUUUAUGUAUAUUAUUUUUGUAACGGAUAAAAUUAUUAAAAAGUAUAUAUAAGUGCUCUUAUUAUAACUAGUCUUCUAACGCUUAUAUUCACUGUUAAUAAUAAAAGUAUGGUAAUUGAAAUAAGUUGUUUUAUUUGCUUCACUACCCCCUUUUUAGAUUAUAAAAUCUCUAUAUUUCCUAACCAGGGUUGCGUAAAUAUGCGCCUGUUCUUGUUUUUUUUACGUUUUUGUUCAAAAUACCCGUAAAAAAUGUAAAAAAUAAAAAAAGAACAAGAAUAUUUCACUUCGUUUCUCUUCGUUGGCAUACAUAUUUCGUCAAAAACUAUUUUUACACGUAGAAAAUAGUUUUUACACGUUAAGAACUAGUGUUUUACUUUCACAUCCCUGCUUAAAUAAUCUUUAUGUUUUUUUCUCUGUGUAAAUUCUAAUUAGGCUUAGCAAGGGUUUCACAAAGUAACAAAAUUAAGAAAAACUAGACCACUCUGUAUAUAUCUUAAAUUUAUAGUUUCUGAUCGUUUUUCUGUCAAAUUCACUGUCAUGCAAUGGCAAGAAAUCGAG